AUGCCCGAGAAAGGACUAGCGCGGGAUGCACGUUGUUACGCAGUGCGUGGGGAGGAGCUGGUCGGGGAGACUGCCGACGAUGGUUACUUGGGCUCGAGAAAGCUGACCCCAGUGCUCCUCUCCGCUAUCACUUCCCUCGCCCUCGCCGUCUCCGCGCUCGCCGCGGGCCCCGGCCCCUACCCCGUGAAGGAGACGCUGCACUGCCGCUCCAGCCCCAGCACGUCCGGCAAGAUCGUCAAGGACUACCCGAAGGGCACCAAGAUCAAGCUCUCGUGCUACUCGCGCGGCCAGUCGAUUGGCGGCAACACGAUCUGGGACAAGACGACCGACGGCUGCUUCGUCGCCGACUACUACGUCACGACGGGCACUACCAACCCGGUCGUUGCGGCCUGCAGCGGCGGUGGCGGCAGUGUCUCGCCCUGUCCGUCGAUCAACGACGCGGGCAUCGCCCUGAUCAAGGAGUUCGAGGGCUUCUUCAAGAACCCGUACAAGGACCCCGUCGGGCUCUGGACGGUCGGAUACGGCCACCUCUGCGCGAACGGGGGCAAGGACAGCUCCUGCUCCGGCACCGGCUUCAAGUACCCUCUCACUGAGGCGACGGCGACCGAGCUGCUCAAGAAGGACCUGCCGAGCUACACCUCCUGCUUCCCCAAGUACCUCACGAGCGGCGCCAAGCUCAACAAGAACCAGUACGCCGCACUCACGAGCUUCACGUUCAACCUCGGCUGUGGCGUGCUCAAGGACUUUGCGGGCCGCCUCAACAAGGGCGAGGACGCCAGCACGGUCUUUGCCCAGGAGUUCCCCAAGUACGUCCACGCGGGCGGAAACGUGCUCCAGGGCCUUGUUAGGCGCAGGAACGCAGAGGUCGCGCUCGCCAAGAAGGCCGGGUCCACCGAGGCCUGGCCCAAGUGUGCCAAGUAG